AUGCGGCGGUGUCCACUGGGGCUGCUGCUGCUGCUGCUGCUACCUGCCGGCCAGGGCCUCCUGAGCGUCCAGCGGCGGCGUGGGCGCCGGGAGCUAGCGCCAGGUCUGCACCUGCGGGGCAUCCGGGACGCCGGCGGCCACUACUGCCAGGCGCAGGACCUGUGCUGCCGUGGCCGCGUGGACGACUGCGCCCUGCCUUACCUGGGCGCCACCUGUUACUGUGACCUCUUCUGCAACCGUACCGUCUCCGACUGCUGCCCUGACUUCUGGGACUUCUGCCUCGGGGUGCCACCCCCUUUCCCCCCAAUUCAAGGAUGUAUGCACAGAGGUGUAGUCUAUCCAAUCUACGGGACCUACUGGGACAACUGUAACCGCUGCACCUGCUUGGCACAAGGACAGUGGGAGUGUGACCAGGAGCCAUGCAUGGUGGACCAAGACUUGAUCAAUGCCAUCAACCAGGGCAAUUACGGGUGGCGAGCUGGGAACCACAGUGCCUUCUGGGGCAUGACCCUGGAUGAGGGCAUCCGCUACCGCCUGGGCACCAUCCACCCAUCUCACUCUGUCAUGAACAUGAAUGAGAUUCACACAGUGCUGGGCCCCGACGAGGUGCUGCCUCUGGCCUUUGAGGCCUCUAAGAAGUGGCCCAAUCUGAUCCAUGAGCCACUGGACCAGGGAAACUGCGCCGGCUCCUGGGCCUUCUCCACAGCAGCUGUGGCUUCGGAUCGUGUCUCCAUCCAUUCCCUGGGGCACAUGACGCCCACCCUGUCACCCCAGAACCUGCUGUCUUGUGACACCCACAACCAGCAGGGCUGCCGUGGCGGGCAUCUGGACGGAGCCUGGUGGUUCCUCAGACGUCAAGGGGUUGUAUCUGACCACUGCUACCCAUUCUCAGGCCACGAGCCGGACAAGGCGGGCCCUGCGCCCCACUGCAUGAUGCACAGCCGGGCCAUGGGUCGGGGCAAGCGCCAGGCCACUUCCCGCUGCCCCAACAGCCAUGUCCAUGGUAAUGACAUCUACCAGGUCACUCCUGCCUACCGCCUAGGCACCGAUGAGAAGGAGAUCAUGAAGGAGCUGAUGGAGAAUGGCCCUGUCCAAGCGCUCAUGGAAGUGCAUGAGGACUUCUUCCUGUACCAGAGCGGCGUCUACAGCCACACGCCAGCGAGCCUCGGGCGGCCAGCACAGUACCGCAGGCAGGGGACCCACUCCGUCAAGAUCACGGGGUGGGGUGAGGAGACUCUGCCAGAUGGAAGGACGCUCAAAUACUGGACGGCGGCAAACUCGUGGGGUCCAGCCUGGGGCGAGAAGGGCCACUUCCGAAUCGUGCGAGGUGCCAAUGAGUGUGCCAUCGAGAGCUUUGUGCUGGGCGUCUGGGGCCGAGUGGGCGUAGAGGACAUGGCUCAUCACUGAGGCCCGGCCUGCGGGGCCCGGCCGAGGGCUGGCCGAUGAGAGGGCCUCUGUGGGGCUGCGGCCUGGCUGGGAGGAUUCAGCUUCAGGUGCACAUCGGUGCCUCCCGCUGCAACCCAGUGGGUGGGCUCUGGUUCUGCUGAACAGCGCUCUGCUGGGAGCUGAAGGAAGACACCCCGGACCUCCUGAUGAGGUUGGACCUGGGUCUGGCCUGGGGGAGUGGGGGUCUGCUCCUUCCAGGCCCCAGACGCUCCGCCCAGCCCCACUGUCCCACCCCAUCCCACCCUUUUACUCUUCCUCUUCAAAGAUAUUUAUUUUUCUGCUCACUCUUUUCAAAUAAAACUCAAAUAUUGAUCCCUA